UCCCAUUCACACUUAAGCCUAUUCUCGGUCCGGGUGUUGGUUCCAUGCUCUCAAGUUUUUCGGUUUAGGGUUCUACGCUUGGACAUGAGCCUCACAAGCGUGCUCGCCAUCCCCGUGGCUCUGCCUCACGCGUAAGCUCGCUCCGCACGGUACUUCUGGUGGAGGAGUUGAGUUCGGGGAGGGUUCCAUACGAGGGAGUGAUUGAAGCAGUGCGGAAUGGUGAAUGAGCGGAAUGGCAGAGGGAGCUACAACUCCUUUUGAGUGUAUCAAUAUCAAGGGCAAUUGAGGAUUUAGUUAGAAUUAUUUGCACGGGUGGACUAAGUAGUAGGGUUUUUGUCCACUUGAUCAAUACGCGCCUACUUUGCGGGGCCAUUUCUGAGGGAGCGCGAUGGUGAGAUUAACUGCAGAUUUGAUUCUACGGUCGUCUCAGUACUUCAAUGCAGUUCGAGAAAGGGAGCUCGAUCUUCGCGGCAAUAAGAUUGGAGUUAUCGAAAAUCUUGGAGCUACAGAGGACCAAUAUGCUAGCAUCGACCUAUCAGAUAACGAGAUUGUGAAGCUUGAGGGCUUUCCACAUCUGAAGCGUCUUACUACCCUGCUUGUGAACAACAAUAGAAUAGCACGCAUCAAUUCUAAUAUCGGAGCGGCAUUACCAAAGCUGGAGACAUUGGUGCUUACAAACAAUCGGCUUUCAAAUCUGGUGGACCUUGACCAUCUUCGGACACUUGUGAAUCUGCAGAAUUUGUGCCUUCUGGAUAACGUCGUCACGAAAAGGCCGAACUAUCGGUUGUAUUUGAUACACAAGCUUCCCAAGCUCAGGCUUCUCGACUUCAAGAAAGUGAAGCUAAAGGAAAAGCAAGAAGCUAAGAAGCUGUUUGCAGCCGAAAAUGGUCGACCUGCCGAAAUCCCGCCUCCUCCCCCGGCAAAAACUUUUGUUCCUGGGGAAAUACCUAGUGAUGAUGUUCCUGAGACUAUCCCUCCUGAAGCGGAGGAACCUUCUCGAAAAGGGCCAACUCCAGAGCAGAUCAUAGCUAUCAAGACUGCCAUCGCAAAUUCACAGACACUUGAAGAAGUUGCCAGGCUUGAAAAGGCGCUAAAGCUAGGACAAUUGCCCUCGGAUAUUGUGCUACCCGGGAAUGAUACUUCAGGUAAGCCUGUAACAGACACCAACAGUGACGGUCCGCCAAAUACUCAGGAGACAGAAGAGACUACGGAAAUGGAAGAGGGUUAAGAGCGAUGGAAAUUCUUGUAGAUGUUGAUGUAUCAAGGUGAAGGCCCCCUAUUGAGCAACUUUGGUGGGUAGCUGGAUCCACGUCACCUUUUAUGAGGUGAUGUUGGUACAGCAGCUUGCGGUAGAGUGCAGCAUGAGAAAGUUUUUGAGUCCAAAGCUGGCGAGUGUUGAUCAGUUGCAUUGUAAAUGCUAAAUUUGUUCAUUGUAUGCUGGCUUCUCCGAUAACUUUGAAAUCAUCAGUGGUAGAAAGAUUUCAAAAACAAUGGAAAUCUCUUAGGAUAAUUUGGGUUUACAUGGCACGAGCUUUCUGCUAGCCGUUUUCAUUA